AUGGUGACUUACAGAGUCAUUGAGGCUAACCCCGACCAAAUAAGAGUCAUCCAUAACUUGCAACCUCCUCGGAACCUUAAAGAAGUCCAGAAGCUUACUGGUAUGAUAGCAGCUUUAAACCGUUUUAUCUCGCGCUCAGCAAAUAGGUGCAAGCCAUUCUUUCUCCUAUUACACAAGUGGAAAGGAUUUGAGUGGAAUGAAGACUGUGCUGUAGCUUUCCAACAAUUAAAGGAGUACCUCGCCCGACCACCAAUUAUGUCCAGUUCAAAUGCCGACGAGGUUUUGUUUGCCUACAUUACGGUAGCCUCGCAUGCGGUGAGCUUGGUGCUAAUCCGAGAAGACAACGGCACACAGCGACCAGUCUAUUACGUUAGUAAAUCACUGCAGGAGGCAGAAACACGUUAUCUUCCCCUCAAGAAGGCUAUCUUGGCUGUCGUGCAGGCCACGCGUAAGCUUCCACACUACUUUCAAGUGCACACUGUGGUGGUGCUGACACAACUCCCCAUAAAGUCUGUCCUACGCAGCGCCGAUUACAUAAGCAGAAUUGCAAAGCGGGGAACGAUCUUGGGCGCUUUCGAUAUUAGGUACAUGCCUCGUACUGCUGUAAAGGGCCAGGUCCUUGCCGACCUAAUAGCAGAGUUUGCGGAGCCCACGCUAGAGGAACAAAACGUGGCGGGACCUCUAGGGGCUGAUGAGAAGAUGAUCAGCACGGUCUCCCAGCAUGAAAACACCUGGUGGAAAGCGCACGUCGAUGGCGCAGCGAACCAAAGGGGCUCAGGGUUAGGACUUGUCCUGCUCUCACCUGAAGGGAUAACCAUAGAGAAGUCAUUCAAACUCGGGUUUUCAGCCACGAAUAACGAAGCCGAAUAUGAGGUGCUAUUGGAAGGAAUGCGAAUGAUCCGGAAGUUGGGAGGAAAAUCCGUAGACAUGUUCUCGGAUUCAAGACUUAUUGUGGGGCAGAUAAAUGGGGACAUGGAAGCAAAGGACGAAAGAAUGCAAGAGUAUCUAGUUCGGGUUAAGCACUUGCAGACCCAAUUUUAUCACUUCCGCCUGACGUACGUACCCAGAAGUGGGAACACUCAUGCUGAUUCUCUCGCGACGUUGGCUACCUCCUCGGCUCAACCCCUACCUCGAGUCAUUCUGAUUGAAGAGGUCCUCCGUCCAUCAACAGAAAGGGCCAAUGGAUUGGAAUACAUAACAUCAGGGCAGGACCGAGCUGGAUGGACCCUAUCGUUCUGUACUUAA